CUAUAAAACCCAUUUCAUUAGCCUCGUUCAAUCUCAUCACAAACUUCAAAAUUCCUUCUUCUUCCAAACCUCCUUUUUUUUCCAUCGAACAAAUUUCACUACCGAGGUUCUCUCGCACUUCUGUAGCAUAUUUAAGGGGAAAAAAAAAUGAUUUCCCCUUCUAAAGCUGGAUUAUUGAUCGCUGUAAUCGCAUCCCUUCUACUGGUAACGGCCUCUGCCGGCAAUUUCUACCAAGAUGUGAAUGUCUACUUCGGAGGUCCCCGGGCUAAGAUUCUUCAGGGUGGCCAGCUUCUCACCUUGUCUCUUGACCAAUCUUCAGGUUCUGGAUUCCUAACCAAGAACGAAUAUUUGUUCGGGCGGUUUGACAUGCAACUCAAACUCGUCCCUGGCAAUUCUGCUGGCACUGUCACCACCUUUUACCUAUCAUCUCAAGGAGAUGCCCACGACGAAAUCGAUUUCGAAUUCCUCGGAAACUCAUCAGGAGAGCCUUACACAGUUCACACCAAUGUUUAUGCUCAGGGGAAAGGGGGGAAAGAGCAACAGUUUCGCCUCUGGUUUGAUCCCACAACAGCCUUCCACACUUACUCCAUUGUGUGGAACUCCCAAAGGAUCAUCUUCUUGGUGGACAACAAUCCAAUCAGAGUGUUCAACAAUGACGAAUCAAAAGGGGUGCCUUUCCCAAAGAACCAGCCAAUGAGAGUGUACUGCAGCUUGUGGGAUGCUGAUGACUGGGCUACUCAGGGCGGCCGGGUUAAGACGGAUUGGUCUAAGGCACCAUUCUCUGUUUCUUACCGGAAUUUCAAUGCCAAUGGAUGUGUCAGGUCGCCAGGAUCAUCAUCAACCUGUGAUUCAACGAAUUCUGGAAACAAUGAUCAGGCAUGGCAGAAUCAGGGACUUGAUGCCAAGGGACGAAACAGGAUGAACUGGCUUCGCCAAAGGUUUAUGAUCUACAAUUAUUGUGCUGAUCGUUCCAGGUUCCCACAGGGCUUUCCUUCCGAAUGCAAAGGGCAGUAGACAGUAUAGUAAUCAACGUUACAAGAGAUCCCACGGGGGUGGGCAGGAUUAUUAUUACAUUUUUUUUUUUUUCAUUUGCUUGCGUCAAAAGAGACAAAAUUGAAGAUUGUUUAGUUUUAUUUUGUUAGAUCUCGUCCAAAUUUACUUGGAAUUCUUAUUCUUUGUACAUAUCAGUGUGGAAUAAAGUUGUUCCAUUGUGAAUUUGCGAUUGUUAUUAGUAUUUUCCUUGGUGAAAACAGGAACGUAACUUACUCAGUUUAAAAUUUAAAUUAGUUAGAUUGAAAAAUUUCGUGGCAGUGGCAUGAGAGAAUACAUGGUGGUGGAGCUAUUUCAGCGCAAUAAAUAAACAUACUCUGAAAUUUCGUGUGCAUUAAAAAGAAAAUCCUAUCCAUUUAUGAAAGCUUUGAAAUGUAAUGUUAUCUCUCAACUUCAAUUUCGGAGAGCAUAAUCAAUUCCAUAAAUACUGUCAUUUAAUGCUGGCAAUUGGGCGUGUGACAGUAAUUGAAUUAUUAUGGCGUGUUUUUUGCCUCAAGCAAAAAUAAAAAUAAAAAAAUCCUGUGG